AAAAGCUGGCUGAAUUUUAAUGCACAACCGACUUACUCCUCCUAUAAAUACUAAAUAGGUUCCUCAUGUCUUUGGCCGUCCUUUGCAAAAACUACAUGAUGCGUCCCUUUUUGUCGUCCCGUUUUCAGUAUUCAAUGGAGCCGUUAAAACGACAUUUCAUUUUGCGUAAAAAGCCGAAGAGAAAGAUGAAGUCAACAAAAUACAUGAAGAGUUUUGAAAGGUUGAAAAUAGAUAUGAAAAAAAUCAGCAAAGAGCAGCAAAGCAUCAAAGAAGGGCAAGGUCAAGUUGAAGCAAAAUUCAAUGCUAUCGAACAAGAAUGCAAGCAGCUUUGCGACGAAAUUGAUCUAAUGAUCCGAUGCAGUGCCAACACUCAAAUCCGACUCCGCCUGAUGUUCAGUAUCCUCAAGGCAAGACAACAAGCCGAUUUCGGCACUGCUGCUCAAUUAACUGGAGUACUCCGUGAAAUUGUGGGCAGAGAUAAUGAGUACAAAAGUGAAGAAUCUGGAGUCCGUACUGAUGUGCAGGGCAAACAUGUGGUUACUUAAUGGACUAAAUGUGAGGUGUUAACGUAGGAAGUCAUGUUGAUUAGAUUUCAAGCAUUUUUUCUUGUAUCAUUUUUAAGCUAUGGAGUUGAAUAAAAAUAUUAGACUUGGAGGGUUGUUCCGAGUAUGGUCAACACAAAUUCUGGCUUUGUAUAAUAAGUGUAAAAGAUCAAAGUGUGAGUUUUAUUUAUGUGUAAGGAAUUUAUUGAAUAGAAAUUACAGCUUAAGGCAUAAGAAA